AUGGCUGUAAUGGGGAAGAUAUGCAACUUUAUACAUGGGUCCAGGCCAACGAUAAUGAUGGUGGUGGUUCAGAUAGCAUUUGCAGGAAUGAAUGUUUUCUACAAGCUUGCAGCAAAUGAUGGAAUGAAUAUGAGGGUUUUAGUUGCUUACCGCUUUAUGUUCGCCGCUGCUUUUAUAGUCCCUCUUGCUCUCUACGUUGAAAGGAACAGAAGGCCAAAGCUGACAUGGAUGGUAGUGUUACAAGCAUUUCUCUGUGGGUUAUUUGGAGGAUCGUUGGCUCAAAAUUUAUACGCCGAGAGCUUAGUCUUAACCUCAGCAACAUUUGUUUCUGCUAUGAUCAAUCUCGUCCCUGCCAUCACCUUUGUCAUGGCGAUAUCAAUUGGGUUGGAGAGGUUGGGAUUCGGUACGGCCGCGGGUAAAGCAAAGUUGGUGGGGACAGUGAUAGGGAUAAGUGGGGCCAUGCUUCUGACGUUUUAUAAGGGAGUUGAAAUCAACUUGUGGUCAACGAAUUUUGACCUUUUGCAUCAUCAUGAUGGACACGUGGCAGUACAGGGGCACCCAAAGUCUGGUAAUCGAGUUUUGGGUGCUUUUUUGGUUGUGUGCAGUUGUUUCUCUAUUGCACUGGGGUUGAUCAUUCAGGCUAAGAUGGUUCAGAAGUAUCCCUGUCACUACUCCAGCACCGCUCUGAUCUCUGUGAUGGGGGCAAUCCAGGCCACUAUUUUUGCCCUCUGCGUGGAGAAAGAUUGGACUCAAUGGAAGUUGGGUUGGAACAUUAGACUAAUGACAAUAUUUUACUCGGGAAUUGUGGCCACUGGACUAACGAUUACUCUCACUGCAUGGUGUGUACGUAUGAGGGGUCCACUUUUUGCAUCAGUUUUUAGUCCUUUGAUGCUUGUGCUCGUAGCAAUUGCUUGUUCUUUACUUUUGGAUGAGAAGCUACACUUGGGAAGCGUACUAGGAGCUGUAGUGAUAGUGUUUGGAUUAUACGUUGUGUUAUGGGGAAAAGGAAAAGAGAUGAAAAGGAACGCUCAACUCAUGCCAUCCAGAAGCUCCAACGAAGCCGAACGUAUCGAUAUCAUCCUCCAAUCUUCAUCAGAAAACAACAACAUUGACAACAAAAAUGACAAUAUUAGUAGCAACGGGAUGGAGGUUAAUCCCAAAACUCUUCCGAUAAUGCGUAAUAAUAUUCUACCCGGAAAUGUCUUAACGGUAAAGAAUAAGGGUGGUGAGGGAGGAGAUGAAUAUCCAAGCUGA